CGUGGCUGCCGUCUUCGUCAUCCCUGCAGUCGCCCGCCCCAACCAAUCAGAAAAGCUCCCGUCCGGAAUAUCUGGCCUCGAACCAACUCGUCACUCCGAAGAGCAGCACAUCGCGACCCAAGCUGGACGAUUGCCUACCUCUCCGCCUGUACCACUGAGGCGCAUCCGCUCCAGCUCAUAUUUGGGCCACUUCUCUAUCCGCCAGGACCAACGACUCGGGGACAAGGUCCCUCCGCGGCAACACCAUGGCCCCCCCGCCGUUCCCUUGCGCGAGCAUCGAGCUCGACUAUCCGCUCUACGCCCUCGACUUCGACCAGGAGGAUUCGAACCACUUGGUUGUCGGUGGUGGAGGCGGUGCUGGGCGAUCCGGCGUUGGAAACAAGAUUACGAUUCUCGAGACGGCUUCCCAGCAUGAGCUCCGCGUGGCCGGCGAGAUCGACCUUUCCCGCGAUGAAGACAGCGUCAUGUCCCUCGCGAUGGGCCCCCGCAAGGGCAAGACGUCGCACAUCUACGCCGGCGUGAACUCCAGCCACGAGAGCAUCGCCAAGGGCAAGAACGAGCAUCUCCGCGCCCUCGGCAUCGAGCAGUCCAAGGCGCGCGCCUCCGCCGGCACCAAGACGGCCGACUCCAAGAUCACCGAGCUCUCGCGAACCGCGCUGUUCACCGACCCCGAUGCCGAUACCUACCAGCGCCUGCUGCGCAUCGCGGGGCCAAUGGGCGCUGCCGCCACGGCUAUGGGCAAGCAGCCGCAGCUGGCCGUCUUCGAGACUGCCGGGGCAGCUGCGAAGCUCAAGGGCAUCCUAGAGCUUCCCAGGGAGGCAGAGGAUCUGGACAUUGUGCAGACCGGGGACAACAGCUUCCAGGUCGCCUUCUGCCACAAGUACGAGCUGCAUGUGAUGGGCAUCGGCAAGGAGGAGAGUGAGCCGAGGAUGGUAUUCACGAUUCCCGAUGAUGACGCGCAGCGACCAGUUUUCCGAUCCAUUCGAUAUCUCUCGCCCAACUUCGUCCUCGCUGCUGCCAACCUCCCAAAGCGAAGCGGCGUCGUCCUGUUCGGGUUCCGAUUACCCACCAAGGCCAACGACAACGCGCGUUUGGCAGUGACUGCCCGGAUACCCAAGAAGGUCUCCGCCACGGCCCUGGCAGUCUCCAACCUCUCUCCCCCGGCAUCUCCCACUGCGCCGGUCGGUCAGACGCAGUUUGUCGUCGCUGUUGCCGGCCAUGACUCGUCCAUCUCACUAUACACGCUAGAGCACAGAACAAGCGGCUCCGUUGACCUUCUGACCAACCUCUGGCCUUUCCACACCCUCAAGGAUGUCCACGGAAAUGAUAACAUCACCGGCGUGGCCUUCUCGACCUUUGUCGCCCCCCAAACACACAUUCGUCAACAGUUCAUCAAGCUCGCCAGUAUCUCCCUUCAGAAGACUGUCGCCGUGCACAGCAUUCCCCUGCGCAAGCACAUCGACAAGGCGACCAAGAACAAGAACGGCCCACCCCGUCCCGUCCGCUAUGUCGUCGACAUGAAGUCGCGCGGCCCCUCCUCCCGCGGACUCAUCAUUACCCUGUCCGUCUUCGCGCUCAUCAUCGCCAUUGUCGGCCAGGGCAUGCUUGAAGUCUUGGUCGGCCGGCCCCCGAUCAUCCACGCACACAAGUUCCUCCCCAGUUGGUACGGAACCCUACGAACCCCCAAGCAUCAACCAGAUUUUUUCCUCAGCCAGGAGUUCCUCUCCAAGCUGGGCGGCGGAGACAUCAAGACUCAAGCCGGCGAAAUGUUCGUGGUCUAUGAGGGUAGUGAGACAGCUCCCGCCACUGGCGAGAAUGGAGCCGAGGAUAGCGUCAAGAUUCAACUCGAUGUCCACGACUCGGCUGUCCACGGUCCCGGCAAGACCUGGGAUGAUCUGGGUGCGGAGCAGAAGGAGGCGUGGAAAGCCCGUCUCAAGGAUGCUGGCGCGUGGACACAGCACAUGGGCGAGAAUGUCUUCAAGGGCAUCCUCUUUGGCGAGCUCGCAGGUGCAGUCGGCCGUGCGGUUGCUGGCUAGAGUUGGAGACACGCCAUAGUAUUCAAAUCGGGCAGAGUAACAUACCUUCCGGGAGGUGAAGCUGUAUCAAUAUCUUGUGGAGUAGGAGUUUCGUGACGGGGAUUGUCUUUUGGUUUUAUUGUGGCUUCUGUAAACGAUGUUGAUGAACAAGUAUGCGGCCAAGUAACAUGUAUGUAGAUUGAAGAGAAGGCAAUCUGGGCAAACACAACGUAAUUGAAUGUCAAAUCAAGCAUGAGUCGAUGA